UUCUUGAUUAUAACACCCGUUUGAUGGCCGCAAGGCCUUCUCUGCACUUCAUCGCCUCCUCCAUCAACAUCACCAAAUCCUCCCUUUCCCCAUCGUCAACCCUACUUCUCCGUCGCAUCGCUUCCGCCACCGCUCCACCGCAACAACAUCAUCACCGCAAACAAAAACACAAACACAUAUAUCCUCCUCAAAAACCCCUCCCUCACCCACCUACACCUUCAUUUAAUAGCCUCCGGCCGACGUUGUCUCUGCAGGAAACCCUGGCGCAAAAGAUCGGCAAAGCUAUCCGCCGUCCCGGCGCGCCGUCCAAGGCUAGGGUUUAUACCGAUGUUAAUGUUAUCCGGCCUAAGGAGUACUGGGAUUACGAGUCGUUGACCGUUCAAUGGGGGGAACAGGACAAUUAUGAGGUGGUAAGGAAGGUUGGGAGGGGAAAAUACRGCGAKGUUUUCGAGGGAUUUCACUGUAUUAAUGASGAGAAGUGCAUYAUUAAAAUACUCAAACCUGUUARGAAGAAGAAGAUCAAGAGGGAGAUCAGAAUCCUACAGAACCUUUGUGGUGGGCCAAAUAUCGUGAAAUUGCUGGAUAUUGUUAGAGAUCAGCAAUCAAAGACACCAAGUUUAAUAUUUGAAUAUGUGAACAACACCGAUUUCAAAGUGCUCUAUCCGACACUUUCUGAUGUUGACAUCCGCUAUUAUAUAUAUGAACUUUUGAAGGCUUUAGAUUACUGUCACUCUCAGGGAAUCAUGCAUCGAGAUGUGAAACCCCACAAUGUGAUGAUUGAUCAUGAAAAGCGCAAGCUUCGUCUUAUAGAUUGGGGCCUUGCGGAGUUUUAUCAUCCAGGGAAAGAGUAUAAUGUUCGUGUAGCUUCUAGAUAUUUUAAAGGUCCAGAACUCCUUGUUGAUUUGCAAGAUUAUGAUUAUUCAUUGGACUUGUGGAGCCUUGGCUGCAUGUUCGCAGGAAUGAUAUUCCGCAAGGAACCAUUCUUUUACGGACAUGACAAUUAUGAUCAGCUGGUGAAAAUUGCCAAGGUUUUGGGGACGGAUGAGCUAAAUACAUAUCUACAGAGGUAUCGUUUAGAGCUAGACCCACAUCUGGCUGCCCUUGUUGGAAGGCAUAGCAGGAAAGCGUGGACAAAGUUCAUUAAUUCUGAUAACCAACAUUUAGCUGUUCCUGAGGCAAUUGACUUCCUUGACAAGUUGCUUCGGUAUGAUCAUCAAGAAAGGCCAACUGCUAAAGAAGCAAUGGCACAUCCAUAUUUCUAUCCGAUAAGAAACGCAGAAAGCAGCAGGACCCACCGUGCAUAGAUGAAUGCAAUUGCAGUUGAAGUUGAAAUUCAUAAUAUUGUACGUCCUUUUCCCUUGUCAGUGUUAUUGAAUAUGGCUCCAUUUCUCUCUUUUAUUAUGUUUUUGUUUUUGUUGUUUUACGUUGAAAACGUGGGUUGUCGUUUGUGUGUGUGUUUGAUUGUAAAACUAACAUUUCCUUCAAGAAUUGGUUCAUGUGGUUCUAGUUUUGGGAAUGGAAUCAGCAUUCAAGUCUA